AUGUCAGGUAAGAGCGAUGCGGAACAACACGGUGAGGAGGUUGUCGUCCAGAAGAAGUUCGAGUACGAUCUCCUGACUAACGAGCUGUUCCAUCUGAAAGAGUAUAUAUCGUUGGUGGACUUUGACCCAGGGAACUCCCACGAGAGUUCUGACAGUUUUGGUGUGUUUCUGAGACAGACGAAUUUGGCACUGGAUGACGCCGUAGCUGACGGGUUACCAGAAGAUGGCGCCGCAGGAUCGCAAAAUGGACUAGACAGUAAUACGACUCCGAGGAGAAGACGGCAGCUGCGUGCGUCGAGUACGGCGAAGGACAGUGAUGACACCGUGCGGGACAGCAGUGCAGGUGGUGUGACGGCCAAGCUUGCGAAGUUGAGACCGUUGGUGCAGGAGAGGUACGAGCAGCUAGCACAGAGAUUGUCCCUGUCGGGAUCCGGGAAGAGGGAGGCCCCCGCGGCGAACACGCUGAAGAGACGGCUAACGCACUCGGCACCUAAGAAAAGCUCAAAGCGGGUUGAGAAUGGCAAAUUGCACACGUCAAGCAGCAGGCAAACGCAGCAGAGAGAGGUGAAGCAGGAACUUGUGACGCCACCACAGGAGACUGUGCCUCAAGUGGGCCAAGAUGAGGGAAUCAUCCUGGGAUCCGCAGAAACAGGAGACGAUUCAGAGAGCUACUACUUCACACCAUCUUCGGAGGAGGAACUGCCAUCGAAGAGGCGGCGAGUCAAAAAGAGUAAAUUCAGGGUCCACCUGUACGUCAACCCACCGAAACAGACUAUCACAAACCCAGAAAAUGUAGUACACCCACAGUUUCCGGAUCUAAACCAGUUUUUGCAGUCGUUCAGAUUACUGGAGGACGAUAUGUCCCCGGAGGAAUUUGAAGCAUUUGUCAAAGAGCAGAAACACACUGUAUCAGUGAUGAAACAAGGGUUGGCUGGCGGUGUUUUAAGGUACGACCCGGAUUCAAACACCAUCCAGCCGGUAACGAUAAAAGAUGCUAGUCUUCCACAGGUAAUAAAGCCGGACGCAAUCACUUACAUCUACAAAGAACAGGAUAGAAAGCCACAUUUUGAGUACCUUCUGAACCAAGGUAUAUAUCAGGGCCGACUGUUUCAAAACAAUAAAAGAGCCAGGAUCGCAAGGGCGAAAAGGGUCUCUCAGAUGAUCGAACAACAUUUCAAACACAUUGCAAGCGCAGAUGAGAGGAAGUUGAAGGAACAGGAAAGACAACUCAAGGGUAUUGGAAGGAUAAUCACACAGGCUGUGAAGAAAAGAUGGAACGUUGCCGAAAAAGCGUAUCGUGUUUUGAAGAAAGACGAGGAGGAUCAAUUGAAGAGAAUACAGGGCAAAAAACACCUGUCCAAGAUUCUGGAACAGAGUACACAACUGUUGGGUGCACAGCUACAUCAGAACGGCGAUGCUAGGAGCGAUAUUGAGGCUUCUGUUGGCAUGACAACCAAUAAUACAAGGAGCAAUUCGGUCACUUCUAUGUCUUCUGUGACCUCAAGUGGAGGUGAAAGCGACAAUUUGUCAAGCUCCUCAUUGGAUGAAGAUGAAGAUGACACAGAUAAGACAGUUCACAAAAAUAACUCACAGAAAGGAACUGAUGAUGAAUACGGUGAUGAUAAACUCUCAGUAGAGCAACUACGCCAGAAAUACGGCGCUGGAACCCAAGACGAUGUACUUAGCGACCUCAGCGACGAUGCGUCUUCGGUAAUGACUGACGAGGAUGUAUCGUCUUCUGAGGAGGAAGAAUUGGAAGGUGGUAGCGGAACAGACGAUGCAGAUUCAGGUAAACUUUCUACAGAACAUGUGGGAUUGGGGGCUCUUUUUGCCCAAGAAUCUGGUGAUGAAAUGAACUCGCUGGACGACAGUCAAGAGUUUAUUUUAGACACCGUGGAGAAAGAUGAUUCCACUAAUGAGUCCUCUGCUGUUCCGUCUAUUUCGAAGAAAGAGUCUUAUGUUGCAGAAUACGCGGACCCAAAUAAACAAAAACUCUCCUCGCCAGAAUCACCUUCGGAAGAAGCAGAAAAAGUCGAAGAUGUAACGAACGAGAUAGACAAGAAACUAACCGAAGCUGAGCAGUUGAGUGUCGUUGAUGUCCCCGUACCCCCACUAUUGAGAGGUACUUUAAGAACGUACCAAAAGCAAGGGUUAAAUUGGCUGGCAUCUCUGUAUAACAACGAUACGAACGGUAUUUUAGCUGACGAAAUGGGUCUAGGUAAAACCAUUCAAACUAUCUCGUUGCUUGCUUAUUUAGCAUGUGAAAAGCAUAAUUGGGGGCCGCACCUCAUUGUGGUUCCCACAUCUGUCUUGUUGAACUGGGAGAUGGAGUUCAAAAGAUUUGCUCCAGGGCUGAAGGUGUUGACAUAUUAUGGGUCUCCCCAACAGCGUAAAGAAAAAAGAAAAGGUUGGAAUAAACUUAACGCAUUCCAUGUGUGCAUUGUCUCCUACCAACUAAUUGUGCAAGAUCAACAUUCCUUCAAAAGGAAAAGAUGGGAGUAUAUGGUUUUGGAUGAAGCUCACAAUAUCAAAAAUUUUAGAUCCACGAGGUGGCAAGCUUUACUCAAUUUUAACACGAGGAGAAGAUUGCUGUUGACAGGUACUCCACUGCAGAACAACUUGGCAGAAUUAUGGUCACUUCUAUAUUUCCUAAUGCCACAGACAGUUGUAGGAGGUAAAAAAGUGUCGGGUUUUGCGGACCUGGACGCUUUCCAACAAUGGUUUGGACGUCCCGUUGACAAGAUUAUUGAAACAGGUGGAGGCUAUGAACAGGACGAGGAAACCAAGAAAACGGUGGAUAAACUGCAUCAGGUGUUACGUCCGUAUUUGUUGAGAAGAUUAAAGGCCGAUGUAGAAAAGCAAAUGCCCGGGAAGUACGAACAUAUUGUGUUUUGCAGACUGUCCAAGCGUCAGAGGUACCUUUAUGAUGAUUUCAUGUCCCGGUCUCAAACCAAGGCUAAUUUGGCUAGUGGUAACUUCAUGACCAUUGUUAACUGUUUGAUGCAGUUGAGAAAGGUUUGUAAUCACCCUGAUUUAUUUGAGGUGAGACCUAUUUUGACUUCUUUUGAUUGUGGGCCAUCAGUGCUUUCAAAAUACGCAGCAACGUUAAAAGCCACAAACUCCAAAUUCCACUUGAUAGACAAAACCAAUCCUGACAGGCUAGAUUUAGAAAACCUGAAUCUAGUAUUUUCCCGGAACGAAGAAGCGUUUGCGACAUACGACUGGAAUAGCAUCUCGAGAUUGAAAUGUAUCGAACAGUUCCAGAAAGAAGUAAACAUUUUGAGGAAGAACGAAUACAUGCAUGAUUACGAUAAAGCAAAGGAUUCUCCUGUGUUUCUACAGGAUGCAGAAAAGUUUUACCAGCAAAUCAGUCGGCAGAAUACCCAAGAUACUAUCGAAUCUUUAGAAUUUGAUAAAUAUAUCAACGAUUUGAGAUCGUCAAGAAGACCCCGUUACGGGGACAAUUUGAGAAAGUUGCUUUCUGUUAUUGAACCACUUGAUGAGAACGAAUUGCUUCAUCCUCUGAUUGAACCGUUACAAACAAAAGUAUUAUCUCAAAAGCACAUUAUCAAUGAUUUUGCUGUUUUAACACCCAAGGCGGUUGCUUUGGAUGUAAGACCUCUAGCAUUAGGCAUUGACGAUAACAGUUACCUAACUGAAAAUCAAAGGAACAAUAUGAAAGUAGCAUUACACCACACUCCUAACCCUCUUCAUCAGUUACAAACGAAGCUAACCAUUGCCUUUCCCGACAAAUCGCUUCUUCAAUAUGACUGUGGUAAAUUGCAAAAGCUGGCUAUUUUGUUACAACAAUUAAAGGACAAUGGCCAUAGAGCUUUGAUUUUUACUCAAAUGACCAAAGUCCUCGAUGUCUUGGAACAAUUCCUCAACUACCAUGGUUACCUGUAUAUGAGGUUGGAUGGUGCCACUAAGGUUGAAGACAGACAGAUUCUGACUGAACGGUUUAAUAGUGAUCCUCGUAUCACAGUUUUCAUUCUGUCCAGUAGAUCUGGUGGGCUGGGGAUUAAUUUGACAGGGGCAGACACUGUCAUAUUCUAUGAUUCUGAUUGGAACCCUGCUAUGGAUAAGCAGUGUCAGGAUCGUUGUCACAGAAUUGGCCAAACACGAGACGUCCACAUCUAUCGGUUGGUCAGUGAGCACACUAUUGAGAGCAAUAUUUUAAAAAAGGCCAACCAAAAGCGGGAACUGGAUAACCUAGUCAUCCAGAAAGGUGACUUCACCACAGAUUAUUUUAGCAAAAUGUCUGUGAGAGACUUAUUUGGUGAGGAGGUAACGAAAGCGAUUCCUAUUGAAGAAAAGCCGCUACUGGGAGAAUCAUCAGAUGCAACCACAAAUCCUAGGAAACUGGAAAGCUUACUUGCGCAGGCAGAAGACGCAGACGAUGUCCGCGCCGCCAAUUUGGCCAUGCAAGAGGCAGAUUUGGAUAAUGAGGAUUUCAGCGAGGAUCCUAAUAAGACGCUGGCUUCUGGUGAAACAGAUGAGUACGAAGGUACCAAUCAUGUGGAAGAAUACAUGAUUAAACUAAUUGCUAACGGCUACUAUUAUUGA